AUGCAUCAGUAUCAAUUAAAGCAGUCAACUAAUUGGUCAUUAUGCCUUUUUAAUGAAUUGCUUUGAUUCAAUGCCGGGUCUGCAUCUGCAAGAACGCCCUGAGUAGCCAAGGUAAUAGACCUUUGGACAUUUUCGUCAGUGCGGUGCCAGACGUCAUCCUCUCUGAAGGCUGUUUGUGCUCCUCCCUCCUAUAUGUUUGGUGCUAAUUGAAGGGAGAGAGGGAGUGUAUAACGUAUUUCUCUGUCAACUCAACAUUUAGCUGCGCCACUGUUUCUGUCACGACUAGUCGACAGAUCCACCCACCCGCGACGUUUUUGUGAAGCGCGCGUGAGGAGUAAGAAAGCGUAUUGUAAAAUAUUUAGUGGCAAGCUUAGGCUAUAGGACUUUAUUGCAUUUCUUAAGUAAUGAGAUUACUACGAAAAUUGUAGGCGUAUCUAGGAAUCCUUCCAAAACACACAAAAGGAGCGGAACAAGGAUAUCCACUCCCUCUCAGACUUGCUGGGAAAGCAGGUUAUUUGAGGACCAAACGACCAUGGAAGAUAGCCCUCAGCGGGCCAUGCAAGGCCUGGGCUCCUUCCCGUGGUACGUGGGGGGGACUCAGGUUCUGGGCCUGGCCUGUGUGGUGAUCACGGGCGUGUGGAUGGGCAGCUAUCACGGAGGCUACGCCUGGGACGGUUCGGGACAGGAGUUCAAUGUACAUCCCCUCUGCAUGGUCCUGGGCCUGGUCUUGCUCUAUGGAGAUGCGAUCCUGGUGUACAGAGUAUUUAGAAAUGAAAGCAAACGCAACGUCAAGAUUCUCCAUGCUGUGCUCCACCUUCUCGCCCUCAUUAUCAGCAUAGUGGGUAUCGUGGCUGUGUUUGACUUCCAUAAUCAUAACAAGAUCCCCAACAUGUACUCCCUCCACAGCUGGUGUGGCAUGCUCACCUUUGUUCUCUUCUGUGUACAGUGGCUGAUGGGGCUUGGUUUCUUCCUCUUCCCUGGGACGUUAAUGGCGCUGCGGAGCUGGUACCUGCCACUACAUGUCUUCUUUGGCCUGGCCAUGCUCGCUAUGUCCCUAGCCACCUGCCUACUGGGCAUUUCAGAGAAAUUGUUCUUCAGUAUCCAGGACACAUAUUCACAGUUCGUCCCAGAGGGGAUCCUUGGUAACAUGCUGGGACUGCUGCUAGUAGCAUUUGGGAUUCUGGUAGGCUACGUGGUGACACGGGAGGACUUCAGGAGACCCCCACACCCAGAGGAGGAGGCCUUAUCUGUACAUUUUAAGACCCUGACUGAGGGGGGCGGGAGCCCCACCUCGCCUUAAACCAGGAAACACUCUGGUCUGAAAAGCUACUGUGUGCUCAGGCUUUUAUUUAAAACAAAUCUGGUAUGGAACAAAAGCCUGCACACCCAGUAUCUCUCCAGAUCCAGCUGGAGAUCUGGCUGAUAUGUUGUCUCUAUUUCAUGUCACAUCAAGAGCAGUUCUACACCCUCCUUGUGGUGAAAUGGAGGUAUGACAGGACUGAUUUGACCAAUGUAUUUGAUUGCUGCCACAGAUUAGCCAUCACAAAAGUGCCAUAUUAGGUCUCUUAAAAACAAAAUAGCCUUUGCUAAGUGUUCAGUGAGGACAAAGCCAUGUGUCCAAGCCAAUUAGUUGUGCCUUCAUCUAGGGCAGCAGGGUUAUACUGGAAGUUACUCCUUUUUUAACAAACAACUUCCAUGACUUUCAAGCUUGUGAUAAAUUUAGAAGUUGCAGUUCAUUCAGGGAUGUUCAUUGUGACAAAAUAAUAUUGAAUUUAUGAUAAAGGACCAAAAGUAUGCACAAAGUUGUGACUGAACGAUGCCUGGAUUUUUGGGGUUGAAUUCUAAAUGACCCCUAGGUACUCUUGAAGCAGCUUCUUCACCAUUCCUUAUAUUUGGCUGGGUUGAAUUUUCACCAACAGUCUCCCCGGACACACCCAGAUGUUAUAUAUUUUAGUUUUAACCCUAAAGCAAUUAGUCAAAGGCUCCAUGGUUACCUGACUAAUUGAAUCAGGUGUGCCAGUUAAAACAAAUGUGAAACGUUACCUCCUAGGAGAGGGUUGGGAAACCUAUCCAAUAGUUUCAGGGCCCAGUUCUUCUGAUCAGAUUAAAUCUUAGCAUUGGGUAAUUUUCUGUCUUGAAAUACCCAAUCAAAUUCUCAAGACUCAAAGGUAGUGAUUAGGCUUAGUGCUUUGGAUAAAAAGCAUCUGCUAAAUGGCAAAUUUUCACAAUCUUGAUCACACGUGGAUUUAGAAAGGUGAAAGGCACUACAACCAAGGUGGGGAGGUUUAAACAUUCUUACAUUAAAUCGAUGCAGUAUAGGUAUGUGGUCAGUUAUAUUGAGAGGUGUCCAAUAAAUGCAUGUUCUUUUGUGAUAUGCAGACAAUUAAUCUUAGUUACUUUAAUGUGUUUCACUAUGACAGUGUAGUAGUAGUUAUGACCUGUCCAGUAGAGGGCAAGGUGUAGGCCCACUCAACAUUAAAUCCAGAUUCUGUGAUCUUAAUAUUGUAGGAUCUGAUCCUUUUAAAAUAAAGGCUCAAUUGAUCUGAUCUUAUUUGCAAAAUAUGGGGUUACAGAAUCGGGAUCAUUUAUCUGGGCUAAGGGGUCGAUUCAGUAAAUAUCUUUAUGCUUCUGUGAUAAGUGUAAAAUGCUCAGAGCUACUGUAAUAGAAGGGCGUUAUAGUAUGUGUGCCAAACUGGAUUUAAUUGUACAAUAUGCUGCAUCCAUGUUUGUCUGUUAUGUAUUGUUCGAAGCAUCUACUUGUCCUCACAUGUAAUCAGUUUAAAGCAUAAUGUAAAGAUUAGAUUAAAUAUCGCUACCUCUAUUUUCACUUGUGGAAACUUGUUCUAUACAAUAGGUACUGCUGACUGACUUAUUAAAACCUAUUGCCUUCCUAUAACUUAUUAAAGAUG